AUGACCUUUACGGAAGAUUCAAUUGCCCUGGACCAGUCAAUCUACAUUAAGGAUAUCGUCUGCACCUCCUCCACUCUAUCUGGAUAUUUUAACAAUUCGGCCGCAUACAGUUAUGCAGAGAGCUCUUGGCCGACUGAUAGCAGCGUGAUCCUGAUCACAGCUGCGUCAAGCUGCAGUUCCGAUGGACAGAACAUCUACUUUUUGUCUACUUCGAUCGUCUUCACUGACUCCAGCGACUCCUUCGUGGCGACAGGUACCAUUGAAGCAAUUACCGAUGUUCUCGACAACGUCGGAAUGGACUUUGGUGCUCUUACAUACGAUACGGAUGACAGUAGUUCGAGCUCGAGCUCCUCAGAUUUGGGCUGUACCUCUCCCACGUCGUCUACAAUCGAUGGCCUUCCCGCUAUUUCCUGCGGAACAGAUUUCGAUGAGAAUCUAGAUGAUGCUCUUGGAUAUUACUCUGUUGCGACUGAGUCUGAUGCCGAUACUACCUUGCUGACUCUUGCUCCUGGAUCAUCACCUACUACCAGUUCCCGAGUGAUGCGCCGAAGCUUCUGGAGCAAGCUCAAGGCUGCUGUCAAGGCGGUCGCAACUGUCGUUAAGACUGUUGCUAAAACGGUGGCGACCAAGGUGGCUACAGUCGCGAAGACUGUCGUCAGCACAGCUGUUUCAGCCGUGAAGACCGUGGUCAGCACUAUCGCAAGCACGGUCACAACUAUUGCUAAGACAGUUGUGGCCCUCGUUACUCUUAUUGUGACUGGCAACUACAGUCAAACGUUCGACAUCUCGCUGAGCAUCACCCCAUCCUCGUCUCUUUUGACUACAUCUCCCUGGGGCAAGGGCUUCAAGUUUUACACCCUGACCCUUGAUGAGGAGGAUUCUCACUUCUCACUGGAUGAUACAGUCCUGGAGAAGAUCGAGUCGGAGCUGAUUGGCGAAGCUGACCCGGAGCCCGGUAUUGAGCUCUGGUGUGUUGACUGUGGCGUCAGCGGUGAAUUCAAAAUCACCGGCGCAUUCUCAAUUAGCGUUUCCAAGGGAAUCUCCAAGGCUCAGCUCUCUUUGACUGGCAACAUGUAUGCUGGCUUGUUCAUCGGACUCGAUGCAUUUGCUGAGUACGAUUUGACGACUGAGCACGAUCUUUUCACUGUCAGCCUGCCUGGGUUCACAAUUCCUGACAUUGUCACCCUGGGUCCCAGUCUGUCGCUUGGUGUCUCUGCUGAUCUUGACAUUCAAGCCGAAGGUCAAUACUUCAUUGGUGCCGGAUUGAUCUGGUCCGACAUCAUUUCAGUUCUGGAUCUUAUUGAUCACGCUUCGUCAACUCAUUCAGGAUGGACUCCCACCCAUAACUACUCCGCAAGCUUUGACGGAGAUGUCACUAUUACAUCUACUUUGGGCAUGCCGGUCACCCUGGAGUUUGGUCUGAACAUUUUGAGCGGAACCUACAAGAAAGAUGCGAAGCUGAUUGACACCCCCGGAAUUGUUGGCACUAUUGAGUACGAUGAUGAUCUCUCCUAUACAAACGGAGAGGCAGAUGUCACUCCUGCCAAUGGAUGCUACGGUAUUACUUGGGACUUGGCUUUGGACAACACUGUCGUUCUCGACCUUUCAGACUUUGAUGCUGGCACUUAUACAUUGGAUACGUAUACCAUAGCAGACCUGGCUAAUGGUUGUGUCGGAACAUCUGUGACUUCCUCCGCUACAGCAACAUCGACAUCUACCACGACCUCAGCGGCCACUGCCACCUCAACCGGACUUUCCAUGGACUACUUCAUCUGGGGAGACUCUGACCAAACCACCCUUGCAAAGUCCUUGUUCAUGAGCGGCUCUGAUAUCAAGAUCAGUCUUGCCGAGCUUGUGGCGGACUUCACCAACUCCUGGGCUGGAACAUCAAAGUCGUCUGAUACGAAGAGUAUUACCAUGCUCUUUGAGUAUAACGGUGACCUUCGCGUGUUUGUGUCUUCGGAGUAUGCUGCUUCCUCAUGGACUAUCUAUCCAGGUGCCGUCAGUCUGUCUCCACACACUUCUGAGGUUGUCUCAUACACCAAGCCCUCGAGUGCUAAGAUCACAAUCAUCUCCGUUGUCUGGGGUAUCGGUGCUAUCGCCAAUGAGAGUGUAUACGAUACACUUUACAGUUAUGCCGCAGCCGGAACCUCUUUUACGUUGUCAAACACAUUCUUCGGGACGGACACCUGGGUGAACUACCAUAAGGUUGGUGUCAUCUUCUACCGAGACGCUUCAGGAAAUCUGCAACACCUCAUUGGUGAUGAGAGUAGCACUGUCUCUUUCCCUACCUCUGCCAUGACCAAGAGAGAUGUCGAUAUCGUUGCCUCGAAGCAGCCCCAGCCUGAGACCGAGCUUAAGACCGAACCCAAGAUGAGUCCUUUUAGUGUUUCUGUCGACAAGAAGCGUGCGCCCUCCAAAAUGUUCGAUCCGUACGGUCGUAACUUGCUCUUUGGCCGGUCCAACAACAGCACUACAUCAUAUGAUAGCACUGGAACUGUGACCAUCACCGACACUACCGGUGCCCUCUACCUAAACCCCUCGAUCAACGGGUCUUUGUUCGUCUCCCUUGUCAGCGACACUACGGACCUUACCAGCUUGACCGGCGGAUACCAAUUUGCAGCUGAUACCACCGAAGGGCUCAUCAUGGGUGAUUCCGCAUCCCGUCUGCUAUACUACUUCCCCGAUACAAUGAGUGCAGUUGGAGCCUCGCGUCUGCGUCUUGGAGCUUGGGGUGAGAUUCCCAAGACUGCCAAUCUCAUCAACCUUGUUCCGAUGUCCACUGGAAGUGAAGAAAUUCUGGUCGCGAUUGAUACGCUUGGAAACUACUACUUCCCCUUCGUUUGCGGAAUCCAGGAUCAGCUGAACAAGGUCUUCCUUGUUGCAGAUGUUGACACUGGUGCGAGCGUUCUCGAGAGCGAUAAUCUCCUCUACACCGUCGUUGGAGGUGUUUCAUCUAACUGCAAUGUUUUGGCUUUGGUGGCCUCGGGCCUUUGA